GGCGUGCGGGCUGGAGUGCGGCAAGGGUUUUCGUCCCGCUGCGGCCGGCUUUUUCGGCGGAAGUAUCCUUGAGCCGAGGACCAUGAACCGCAGCCGCCAGGUGACAUGCGUGGCCUGGGUCCGCUGCGGCGUGACCAAAGAGACACCAGAUAAGGUAGAGCUAAGUAAAGAGGAAGUCAAACGUCUCAUUGCUGAAGCAAAGGAAAAAUUACAAGAAGAAGGUGGCAGUGAUGAAGAGGAGACAGGUAAUCCUUCAGAAGACGGUAUGCAGAGUGCACGUACCCAGGCUCGACCACGGGAGCCCCUGGACGAUGGCGACCCUGAGGACGACAGAGUGCUGGACGAUGAUGAGCUGGCCGAGUAUGACUUGGACAAAUAUGAUGAGGAUGAUGACCCAGAUGCUGAGACUCUUGGUGAAUCUCUUUUGGGUCUUACAGUCUAUGGGAGUAAUGAUCAAGAUCCUUAUGUUACUCUCAAAGAUACGGAGCAAUAUGAACGUGAUGAUUUUUUGAUUAAACCUAGUGACAAUCUCAUAGUUUGUGGCAGAGCUGAACAGGACCAAUGCAAUUUGGAGGUGCAUGUUUAUAAUCAGGAAGAAGACUCUUUUUAUGUGCACCACGAUAUACUUUUGUCUGCGUAUCCUCUGAGUGUGGAAUGGCUGAAUUUUGAUCCUAGCCCAGAUGAUUCUACUGGAAAUUAUAUUGCAGUAGGAAACAUGACCCCUGUUAUUGAAGUGUGGGACCUUGAUAUAGUGGACUCCUUAGAGCCAGUCUUCACACUUGGAAGUAAGUUGUCAAAGAAGAAGAAAAAGAAAGGAAAGAAGAGUUCCUCAGAAGGGCACACUGAUGCUGUUCUUGACCUUUCAUGGAAUAAGCUAAUCAGAAAUGUGCUGGCGAGUGCAUCAGCUGAUAACACUGUAAUUCUGUGGGAUAUGUCUCUGGGAAAACCAGCAGCUAGCCUCGCUGUACAUACAGACAAGGUCCAGACUCUGCAGUUUCAUCCAUUUGAAGCACAGACUCUUAUUUCUGGAUCAUACGAUAAGUCGGUGGCCUUGUAUGACUGCCGAAGCCCAGAUGAAAGCCAUCGGAUGUGGCGAUUCAGUGGGCAGAUCGAGAGGGUGACCUGGAAUCACUUUUCACCUUGUCAUUUUUUGGCCAGUACGGAUGACGGAUUUGUAUAUAAUUUGGAUGCACGUUCAGAUAAGCCAGUUUUUACACUUAAUGCACACAAUGAUGAAAUCUCUGGUCUUGAUCUAAGCAGUCAAAUCAAGGGUUGUCUUGUGACUGCUUCAGCAGACAAAUACGUGAAGAUCUGGGACAUAUUAGGAGAUAGGCCGAGUCUAGUUCACUCAAGGGACAUGAAAAUGGGAGUUCUCUUCUGUUCUUCAUGUUGUCCUGAUUUGCCAUUCAUUUAUGCUUUUGGAGGACAGAAAGAGGGGCUUCGGGUCUGGGAUAUAAGCACAGUCUCUUCAGUAAAUGAAGCAUUUGGAAGACGAGAGAGACUUGUUCUGGGCAAUGCAAGAAAUUCAUAUGUUAGCGGCCCUUUCGGGAGCAGGAGUGCAGACACACCAAUGGAGUCUUAACGAAGAUCAGAUAAUUUCCUGUUUUGUUCACUUUAAUUGUUUUAAAAGGCCAGCCUGAAAAUGUUCCAUGUUUGUGCAGUCAUGCAGAGGGACUACGAAACAAUAUCAGUUCCUGUUGCCUGCCACCCUGCAAGUACAGUGGCAGCACAGAGCCGUCUCGGUGCUCACCUUUAGAACUUAUGGUGGUAUAAGGCUCCUGUUGCAUUUGAAAUAGAUAAUAAAAAAGAUUUUUUAAAAAUAAUUCCUUAAAUAUGCCAUCAGUCACAGGUACUGUAGGUUUGCAAAACAGGUAAAAGUUUAUAGAACUUUUAAAAGGGAAAUAUUCUCUAAUCUGGAAAGAUGAGUAAACCCACGCCUGGAAAGGUUGUGAUUUGGCCAAGAUUGCACAGUAGGCCUUGAACAGACUCAGGCACCCCAGAAACUGCACCUUCCUACUGACUGUUCUCAAGUUAAUGGUCAUGAUUUAAAAGUGUUUUUACUGCUUAACCUUAGAGUUUGGUGUAAUUAAAAGUGGCAUGCCUUUUUUUUUUCCUAGCAUGGUAGUCUGAGUUAUCAAGAAGAGGCAGACUGUUCAUCCAUUCAUUCAUUCAUGGAACAUUGACUGCCUCUUCUGCACCUAGUGCUGUAUGAGGCAUCGGGAGAUUUAGUGUGAACAAGAACAGUCCCAACUCUUAGCCUAAUGGGGCAGUCUUAAUUGCGAUUAAGUAGUCCUUUUAAGCAUGAGUUUUAGCAUGUGGUGGAAAUUAGUUUGAUGUAUGAAACCCAGUGCUAACUUGAUAGAAUGUAAGAUAAGACCUGUCGGUUCAUGAACCAUUAACAUUUCCUGUGUAAUUCAUGUAACUUCAAUCAUUUUAGGGUGAAUGCUGUGGAAUGUCGUUCCAAGCCAGAUGCAGGUGUAAAGCUGCAGCAGCUUGGGUUUACCAAAAUCUGUCUUGUCUAGAAAGGACAGUAGACUGAAAGAUGGAGUGACUAUUUUGUUUGUUUCUUCUGGUUGUUUUGAUUUGGCUUUUAAUUAGAUAUGAAAACAAGCCCAAGAUCACUAAAAAUAGUGACUGCUAGAGGGAGAACUCUGAUAGGUAUAAAUGCAGUAGUUAAUUUUCUCUCAGAUUUGGUGUUGGUUUCCUCCUGUAAAGAUUUGCUGUAAAAAAUGCAUCUUUCCUGGCUUUCAGCUCAGGGGAAAAGCCUCAGUUAUGUAUAAAAAGUAAAAAACUUUCACUGUUUUACCAUAGAUAUGAGUCUGCCAAAACAUAUAUGUAUAAUAAAUAAGAAUGCAUAUUGAGUACAUGUCAAAAGUUAAAAAUAGUAAAAUUAGGUGUGACAGUUCUUCUUCUUCCUUGAAAGUACUAGGCCUGAUGAAUGCUAAGCAGGCAGAGCCAAGAUCAUGUGUCUCGGAAGCUAUUGGUUAGAGUAGAUCUGACUCACUAGAACUAGAAUAAUGCUGGUUUGGGCUUGAAGUUUUUGCUGAAACCCAGCACAGGCAGUGAGUGAGACACCUAAGUAAACAGGCAGCAGGGGUAGUCAAAUCCUGGGGGUUGAGUAACAAUGAGGAUUCAAAUCCAAGCCAGGCUUGUGAAUAAAAAGGAGGCUCAGUUGUGCCAUACUGACUGCAGAAAGUGUUUGCCAUCACUUCCUACCAUAGAUCUGAGCUCAAAGAUUUGUGACCCAGAGGGAAUGCUCUAUCUGACAUGGAACAUGGGGGAACAAAAUGCAACACUAUUUCCAUCUUUCAUAGGUUCGUUGUGAUUGGUGUUUCCAUUAGGUAGCACGUGGAAAGGCUGUGGUCUUGUCAAAGUGAUGUUGCAGCUAAUUAAAUCCUGUGUUCACAUUCCCUGAGACUGGUAGUUUUAUAAAGCAAAAUGUCAAUUUUUAGGGGGGUGGGGAGCAUUUUACAGGUAUAAUCAUGUGGCUUCAAAUUGUUCCAGGACCCUAGCUACAACGCCAACCAUUGAAAGUUGUUUUCAAUAAAGACAAUGUAUUAAA